ACAGUAUUCCUCUCUCCCUUGAUUCGCUAUUCACAGACACGUACAUGUGUAUCGAUUUUUUGUUCAAUUAUAAUUAGGAUUACAAUUAGAUAUAUGGCUAACUUUUGAAUUUAGAGUUCAAUUUUAAUUUUUUGGAAAUUUUUGGGCGUUGACUGUUGGAAGCGCCGACCGUCACCAUUUCCGUCAGUAUUUUAGGUGGCUCUUGGUUUAAUUUUCGGAUUAAAUUGUUAUAAUUAGGAUUAGAAAUCAGAGAUGUAUAAAUUUUCAUCUUAGAGCUCAACUGUGAAACUUGGGGAAAUUUUGGGCGUUGACUGUUUGAAUCGGUGGAGAUCUGACCAUUUCGGAGGGCCAUACGUUCCUUUGUGCUGAUGUGAGGUGCAGGCUUCCCCGAGGGCAUAUUCCCAAAGAGGAGUCCUCUCGGUAAGCACACCUCGAGAAUGAGUAGCCCAAUUUCUGCCUUACCAACCCCAGGAAAUCCAAGAGGGGAUGGUGCUGACCUGACUCAAAAUGCAUGAAUGAAUUUCAUGUCUUAUUCCCCUUGCCUCCUGGAUUCUGGGCGAUUGGAAGACAAAAUGUUUCUUUUCAUGAGAGCUACUACUUCAUCAAAGGUGUAAUUUUUUGCACUUCAUGGGCACUAUACCAUUUGCUAGAUAUAAUUGAUCACAUAUUGCCCUGAAAACUACUUCAUAUGUAAGCUUACAUAACAUUAUUGCAAUUAAGGAUCGAGGAAUUUAUGUUUGCUUUAGUUAUUGAUUCAAUGGACUGCUUCAUUACAUCCAUUCAACAAGGGGAUUUCUAUUUCUAGUUUUAUAUUCUUUUACAACCCCAGGAUAUGGAAUUUUUUUUUCCUUGCGUAUUUUCAUUCACUCUUAUUGCUGCAGUUUGUAUAGUUAAAUGAGCCGUCCACAGGAUCCCCAAAGACCUUUGUUCCCAUUUGGAAAUCCCUUCCGAAGGAUGUUCCCUAAGGGCUCAAACCUGUCCCCAAAGCUUGUUGAUCUGUUGAACACUUUUGAGGUGACACUUGCUGAGAGGCUUAAAAAGCUUAAGCCAGCUGACAGCGAACAUGUCCUCAGCUUAUCAUGGAUGAGAUAUGCAAUGGAGUCACUUUGUGCAAUUCAUACUGACAUAAAAACUCUUAUAACUGCUCUUGAACUCCCUGUCUGUGAUUGGGACGAUAAAUGGAUUGAUGUGUACUUGGACAAUAGUGUGAAGCUGCUGGAUAUCUGCAUUGCUUUCAGCUCAGAGAUCUCUCGGCUCAACCAAAGCCACCUUUUUCUUCAAUGUGCCUUGCAUAACUUGGAGGGCUCCUCAAAACAGUUGACUCGAGCACGCUUAUCACUUGAUGGAUGGAGGCAGCAUAUUAGUUCAAAGAACCCGAGACUCGAGAACUGUUUUGCUAUCAUGGAUAAUCUUGCCGAAACAAUAGACUUACCUAAAAUCAAGAACUCGCCAAAGGGAAAGGUUUUGAUGCGAGCUAUGUACGGUGUUAAGGUGAUAACUCUUUUUAUAUGCAGCAUAUUUGCUGCUGCAUUCUCGGGUUCUAUGAAGAAGUUGGUGGACCUACAUGUUCCAGAGACUUUCUCAUGGGCAGAAGCUUUUACUGAUCUACAGGCCUCCAUGAAUAAUGAGAUAAGAAAGAUUUAUUCCAACCGAAGGAUCACAGUGUUGAAAGACCUUGAAGCUGUUGAUACAAGUGUCAACAAGUUGUACCCGAUUGUACAAGAUGGUUUGGACCCUGUCGAAGCUGAAGCGUUGCAAUACUCAACUUCUGAUUUAAGAACACAGACGGAGAAUUUUUCACAAGGAUUAGAUCUGCUCGCAAAGGAAGUCGAUAGUUUCUUCCAAAUUGUUCUGACGGGUCGUGAUGCUUUGCUUUGUAACCUUAGAGUUGGUGGUAAUGUCACCAACUCGGUGCAACCUAAUGACAGCAUAGGAGGUCAGUCCGUGAGGUAAACUAUGUAAAGUAUUUCCGGUAUACAUAUGGGUUUAUUAGCUAUUAGGUCUUAUGUUGUUAGUUUGAUUAUAUGUAUUUGUGGUUUGGGAGUGCUUAAUACUAAGUUGUAAUAUGUUUGAACUCUGUGUAAUGUUAAUGAUAUAAGUUUGUAUUGUCUGCAA